CUGCUCGUUGUUGCGCUUUUGAUUGGAUUUUGUGUCGAUAUCUUGCUUUCGGGAGAGAGACAAUUUUUUUGGCUUCUUUUUAUUUCACGCAAAUGGCAAAUUAUGCUAGCCUACUCUUGAUUUUCUAUAAUUUCUCGUUUAACUCAAUGUCCAUGAAAGCUACUUGAAUUAUGUUUCUCUUUCCUUGUUUCUGUGGCAUUUUGAAGCUUUGCAGUUUGCAGCACCCAUCUACAAUAUAUGGCUUUUAGCAUGUGCUAUGUUUGACGUGGGCACUUACUUGUGGUGUGCAUUAAUUCCAGUUUCUCUUUCUUCUUCUACUUCAACCAUGUCGAGUUUGGAGGAACCACUUGGUCUUGACAAGUUGCCAAGUAUGAGUACUAUCGAUAUGAUUCAGAGGUUCUCUUCAGGUGCUUGCCGGCCAAGAGUAGAUGAUAUGGGAAUGGGGAACUGCUUUAUUGAAGGAAGGAGUUGCAGCUCAUCCAACAGUUGCACUGAAGAUUAUCAAGAGUAUUCGAAGGAAGCAUUCCCGUGGAAAAGGCAUACAAGAGACAUGUCCCAAGGUGAUUUUCUUAGUAGAAGGUCUUUGAGCUUAGGCCGAAACACCAUGGUAUUUGGAAAGGUUUGUGAUACACGGUACGUUCCAGACCAUCAAUACAACUCCAAUUGCAAUGGCCACGGCAUACGGGAGAUGCCAAAUAAGUAUUUGAAAGGUAUACCAAAGUUUGUAAAGAUAGUAGAAGUUGGUCCAAGAGAUGGAUUACAGAACGAGAAGAAUAUCGUCCCUACCUCUGUAAAGGUUGAAUUGAUCCAUAGGCUAGUAUCUUCUGGAUUGUCAGUGGUUGAGGCUACAAGUUUUGUGUCACCUAAAUGGGUUCCUCAGCUGGCAGAUGCGAAGGAUGUAAUGCGAGGAGUUUGUAAUUUGGAGGGUGCUAGAUUGCCUGUUCUGACACCUAACUUAAAAGGCUUUGAAGCAGCUGUUGCCGCUGGUGCUAAGGAGAUAGCAGUCUUUGCAUCAGCUUCUGAGUCAUUUUCAAAGUCAAACAUCAAUUGUACCAUUGAAGAGAGUCUUGCUCGUUACCGUGCUGUUACUCGUGCUGCUAAAAAGCUCUCAAUUCCUGUUCGAGGGUAUGUAUCGUGUGUAGUUGGCUGUCCAGUGGAAGGAGAAAUUCCUCCUUCAAGAGUGGCAUAUGUUGCAAAGAAACUGCAUGACAUGGGUUGCUUUGAGAUUUCCCUGGGUGACACCAUUGGAGUUGCUACACCAGGGGCUGUUGUUCCUAUGCUUGAAGCUGUAAUGGCUGUUGUUCCUGGUGAAAAGCUUGCCGUUCACUUCCAUGACACUUAUGGACAAUCUCUUCCAAACAUUCUUAUAUCCCUCCAAAUGGGAAUUAGCACAGUGGAUUCCUCUGUGGCUGGUUUAGGUGGGUGCCCAUAUGCUAAGGGAGCUUCAGGGAACGUUGCCACUGAGGAUGUUGUGUACAUGCUUAAUGGUCUUGGUGUGAAAACAAAUGUGGAUUUGGCAAAGCUUAUGCUGGCUGGGGAUUUCAUCAGCAAACAUUUGGGUCGCCCGUCUGGUUCGAAGACUGCCAUUGCACUGAACCGAGUGACAGAUGCCUCUAAAAUAUAAGAAAUUGCAGGUAGAUAAAUAUGUUUAUAUUUAUAUAUUUGAAGCAAGGUCGAGAAGGAGAUCUCAGGCUUACAUGGCAUGACUACUUUCUGUAUACUGCCCCAUAAUAAUAAAAACAAACAUAUAUAUUCUGGGGGUAAAGAAUCAUUGUUGUCCAAAUCUGCCAAUCACAUGCAGAAUUUGCCAAUUUUAGUAAAUAGGUAGCUUACCAUAUUUAGUUACUAUUUUUCCGAAGGAUUUGAAUCCAAGCAAUAUGAUCAGGUAUUUACCACACAA